AUGCUUGCCGUGCAAAUGGCUUGUAAAUAUAUCAUCGACCACCACCUCACGGAUGUACUCAUCCUCUCCGACAGCAAGUCUGGCCUCACAGAGCUGCGAAACGGCAGUAGCUACAACUGGUUUGCCGUCAGUAUACAUAAACUGUUANCCAUCAAACACAAAUAUAUCGUCCAGCGUCUCCUCUCUGUUCAAAGGCUGUUCGCCAUUAAAAUCAUUCGAGGAUUCAGAACGAUUAGCACCGCUGCUGCAAUAUCUCUUGCACAGCUCACUCCGCUCCCAGCAAAAGUUGCCAUGGUUGCUGACGUGGAAACCUCAAAACUCUCCGGCGUAACAUCUUUUUUGCCCCAUGAAAUCUCUCUCGAGAAUCCAUGUCCUCCGUCUAAAUUACUCCACCCGUCUGACAGAAUUGGCAUACGAUUCGAGGAAAUCACCUCCACACCCGAGCUCACUCAGGCGGGCGCCAAUCACACCUGGCUUAUAUUCACGGACGGAAGUAAAAUUGACGAUCGAGUUGGAGCUGCCUUUGUCGUUAAGGACUCCGCCAACACUCAGCCAUCAGUCAUCAAGAAGUUCAAGCUUCAUGACGACUGUUCGGUAUUUCAGGCGGAAAUGCUUGCCGUGCAAAUGGCUUGCAAACACAUCAUUGACCACCACCUCACGGAUGUACUCAUACUCUCUGACAGCAAGUCUGGCCUUACAGAGCUGCGAAACGGCAGCAGCUACAACCGCUUCGCCGUCAACAUCCAUAAACUCUUACACCAAGCCCGAUCAUCUGGCUAUACCAUCGAAUUCGCGUGGAUUAAGGCCCACGCUGGAUUCGAUGGCAACGAAGAAGCAGACUUGGCAGCAAAGGCUGCUGCAAGAAUGCGCAGAAUACCAGACUUCCAAAGAGUACCCAUCAGCCUCGUUAAACAUCAAAAUAGGCAAAAAUGCAAAGAAUCGGCCAAAACUUUGUAUAUGGACCCGAACACCUGCGUCCAUACAAGAUCUCUCCUGCCAACAUACAACACCUUGCAGGAGUUCAUAAAGAUCGUUCGGCCGGACUUUGCCACCACCCAGCAGCUCUGCAAACUGCACUAA